UUUUCAGGGGUCCAGCCACCUCUAUGGCAAGGCCUCUUCUUCCGUUAAACAAUGACUAAAAAUAUUAUUUUGUUGCCUUGCACCGAUUUUAACGAGGGGGCGAUUCAUGGGAAAAGCUAGGCAUUUUUCGUCCUCAUGCAUUUUGUCCUUAAAUUCCUACAGAUUUACCUGGUUUAGAGCUAUGGUUUAGAGACAGUCUUUUGAAAGUAUUUCCAUCAAACCACAUUUUAAGACCUGACUCUCGGAUCUUGCUGGGGCCACCGUUCCACUUUCUCCGCCACAAGAGGUGGCCGCAGCACUCUGACUGAAUAAUGUAUUUUUGUCCCUCCGCCAGCCUCCUGGAAACAGCCUAAGUUACAGCGCACAACAAAAGCCCACAUUUCACCUACCUUCCCCACUAGAUACCUGUAGCCACAACACAGACAGCAGAACGAAGUUUGCAGGAGGAGGAACCAGGAUGCGCAAUUACGCACGGAACUAAAGGAAUUCGACGACAGACCUGUUUUGACGUUUCUCCUCCAGGGGAAUCGCUGUCUACAGUUCUGAGUCCUCUACACUUAAAGAGAGGGUAUUUAUGCACGACGUCAUCAGAGCAGCUACAGCCUCUCCUCACCUGUUCACUUAGAAGGCAACAAUCCAGUCCUCUAUGUGCACGAGACAGGAUGGGAUGCUCCACCAGUUCGCAAACUUCAGCGGUUGAUACGAUUCGACCAGGUGCUAAACCCGAGGAGAGCAACGGAGCCAGCACAACAGGAGCGGCCAACGAGAAUGGCAAAGUAGCUGAAGACAGUGAAACAAUCCCUGACCAGACACCAGCUGCUGAAGGUGGAGAUGCUAAGCCUGCAGAGGAACCUGCUGCAGCUGCAACAUCUGCAGAAAACACAGCUGCAGCUCCAUCUUCAGGGGAGGAGCCUCAGCCAGCUGCAGAUGCAGCAGCAGCACCAGUAGAACCAGCAGCAGAACCUUCUGAAGCUGCAGCACCUGCAGAAGCACCAGAAGAGGCAGCCGCACCUGCAGAGGCUCCUGCAACAGCAGAGACGCCAGCGAGCUCUACAGAGGCAGCAGCCGCUCCUGGGCAAGAAAAUGCAGAGGCCACAGCCGCAGACCCAGAGCCUAAAACUGAGGAGGCACCAGCUCCUAGUGAGUGAGGUGCAACAGAAAUCUGCACAGACAAGUUUAUUAGAAGAAUCUUACCCAGAGCAUGCAUGAGCGAAUGUUUGUGUGUGUAAGAGUGAGCGUGUGUCAGAAGACGUCUUGUUGCCAACAUGCAGACCCUGUGAUAAACUCUUUCAGUCAGGGAUCCUCCGUCCUGCCUCUCCAGUGGUGUAAGGCUCACAUUUAUACUUGCAUACUGUACAUAGGCAGAAUUCUCCUGCACUUGGUGGGUGUGUUUAUUUUCAGAUGUCAGAGUAACUUAAAAUUAUUGAAAUUUCUAUUUAUUAUCUCUAUAGAAAUUUAAGGUUUUCUGAAAAAUCAUUCAUAUGCUUCUAGCUUUGAUCCAAGACCCAUUCUGCACUUUUCUAGAAACAAAUUAAUUGCACCAAAGCCAAAUUAUAAACCAUAUUAUUUUCAGCAGCAGGUUCUGAUUUUAGAACAUGAAGAGCUUGUACUGUAAUAAAUCUACUACUGAUUUCAAACAUUUAUACAAUGUAUGGAUUCAUUUAUAACAUAUUUGACACUUUUUUUGUUUCUAAUGUGUCAUUACUUCUCUGUCAGCCCUGGAAAAAUCUGUAAUAAGCUACAAACUGUCAGGAAAAAUAAAAAGACAACC